GUGAGUGAGAAGGUUGGUGGAGCUGAAGGAACCAAGCUAGAUGAUGACUUCAAAGAAAUGGAAAGGAAAGUGGAUGUCACCAGCAGGGCUGUGAUGGAAAUCAUGACUAAAACAAUUGAAUACCUUCAACCCAAUCCAGCUUCCAGAGCUAAACUCAGCAUGAUCAAUACCAUGUCUAAAAUCCGUGGCCAGGAGAAAGGGCCAGGCUACCCCCAAGCAGAAGCCCUCCUCGCAGAGGCCAUGCUCAAGUUUGGAAGGGAGCUUGGAGAUGACUGCAACUUUGGCCCAGCGCUGGGUGAUGUAGGGGAAGCCAUGCGGGAACUCUCGGAGGUCAAAGACUCUUUGGACAUGGAAGUGAAACAGAACUUCAUUGACCCACUUCAGAAUCUUCAUGACAAAGAUCUCAGGGAAAUUCAGCAUCAUCUGAAGAAGUUGGAGGGUCGACGCCUGGACUUUGAUUAUAAGAAGAAACGACAAGGCAAGAUUCCAGAUGAAGAGCUCCGUCAAGCUUUGGAGAAAUUUGAUGAGUCUAAAGAGAUUGCUGAGUCAAGCAUGUUCAAUCUCCUAGAGAUGGAUAUUGAACAGGUGAGCCAGCUCUCCGCACUUGUCCAAGCCCAGCUGGAAUACCACAAGCAAGCAGUCCAGAUUCUGCAGCAAGUCACUGUCCGGCUGGAAGAAAGAAUAAGACAAGCUUCAUCUCAACCUAGACGGGAAUAUCAGCCUAAACCACGAAUGAGCCUAGAAUUCCAAUCUGGGGACACUGGUCAGCCCAAUGGUGGCCUCUCCCACACAGGCACUCCCAAACCUGCAGGUGCCCCAAUGGAUCAGCCCUGCUGCCGAGCUCUGUACGACUUUGAACCUGAAAAUGAAGGGGAAUUGGGUUUCAAAGAGGGUGAUAUCAUCACACUCACCAACCAAAUUGAUGAGAACUGGUAUGAGGGGAUGCUUCAUGGCCAGUCAGGCUUCUUCCCCAUCAAUUAUGUGGAAAUUCUGGUUGCCCUGCCCCAUUAGGAUGAUAUGCUGGCUGGCUCACCUCCUCUUGACCCAGAUAGUUAAGUUCAACCACUGCUUUGGUAAUGCUGCUUACAACACAUCCCAAGUGCAGGCCGCAGUGGUCCAGGUCAUCAAGCCCCACCAAGUCUCUCUGGUUGACUUGUACAGUCUCACAAGGGUCAUGGUGAUAGAUGAUAACUUCUUAGCCUGGUGGGCAUAGCAUGUGCUUUUUAAACACCAUUUGAGGCCAGCCAGUAGUCACAGACUGCUGUUGACCCAGUUCUCAGGAGGCAGUGGCUUCUUAGAAAAUGAACAUAAGCCACAUCACAGAAUACCCAUCCUCCUGAAUAUAUUGUCUGUCAUCUUGGGGCCAUCUUGGGGUCUCAGGUUCACCAUUAUAAGAGGAGAAAGUCCUUGCUUUCACAUUGCCCCCUCCUAAACAUGUGAGUCCCAGCAUUGUCAAAGAAAGCCUCCCUCACCAGCAAAUUGUCUUCUGGUUUGAAUGAGUAGUCUCUUGCUGUAUCAGUAGAAAAAUGUUGAGUGUGGUCUCAAAGCCUGCUCAGAGAACCAUAACCUGUGUUUCAAAUCCUCCAUCCCUCAUGUAAGCCUCUUUCUAAGGUACAGCCAGUUUUUCUUGCAUUCCUGCUGUUAAUGGGAUGGGAAGUCCCUUUUUAUUUCUAAGUAAAAUGAUUAGCAAUCAGCAUAUUCUGGGAGGAGCUGGAAAGAGGAAAUUAUUCCUUAUGAGGACUUGGGAAGAGAUCUGGAUUCUAAACUUCAGUUUCUUUCUCUGUAGAAACAUUUCUGAAGCUUACAGGGAAGGGGAACCAUCUCUUCACUUCAGUUGUAUUUAUUUAUUGAGUGUUUCAUGAAUCCAUUUGGCAUAGAGACACAAGGAAAAAACAAAACACUAGAAACCAUUUUCACACUAAUUCAUAGACCAAGAAACAGUAAAUGUUUUCCUUUCCACUUUUAGCUUGUGUUCUUUGAACAUCAUUUGUGCAUAUUCUGCCCUCAAUGAGGACCAAAUAAAGAUAACUUUUGUGCUUAGCAGUUUAAGAUGUGUAGCUGCAGAUGCAAAACUCUUCCCCAAUACAGUCAUUAUUUUUAUUUCUGUCCCUUCUACCCCAUCUUCAUUCAUUUUGUAUACAGUGCUGUGUGUAUACCUAUCAGUAUUUUCUUUCAUAUCAGUCAUUAAAGUCCUGUUAGUUACCCAGAGUUCUAUUUAUCUAGCUGUACAGACUCUCUCAGAGGUUAAUGUGCUGCUUCAGAUGUGCUACCUGCGGUAGUGGAUCAUGUGGAGUGAAAGGCAAACCUUAACUGCUUAUUGUAUACACUCUUACCAUGGGAAGCAUCGCUGUUUCCAAUAAAUAUUGCUGAAGACAGAACCAAAA